AUGUUUCUUAUACUGAAACUGAUUUGGGAACAUUUUCGAGAAUUCGAUGAUAAAUAUCGAGAUCAACGUUCGGAAAACUAUUUUCUGCUUGGUCCACUGAAAUUAUGUCUCACUGUUGUGGCCUAUUAUGUGUUCGUCAAACAUCUAGGACCGAAAUUAAUGGAAAAUCGCAAAGCAUACGAAUUGAAGAAUGUCUUAUUGGUUUAUAAUGCAGCGCAGGUGCUCGUCAACGGUUCCAUGUUAGUUCUGGGUUGCUAUUUUGUUUGGUAUCAUAAACCAUAUGAUCGCUUGACUUGCAUGUUGCCUGUGGUGAAACGCAGUCCAGCCGGCAUGGUGGAGUUGAAUUUUUCUUAUGCUUAUUAUUUACUAAAAAUUGCCGAUUUCGCCGACACUGUAUUCUUUGUGCUGCGUAAACGUUAUAAGCAAGUGAGCUUUCUCCAUGUCUAUCAUCAUAUUAUGAUAACGGUGUCUACAUUUGUAUUUCUACGUUAUUUACCUGGUGGUCAUGGUGCCAUAUUGGCGGUGCUUAAUUUAACGGUACACAGUAUUAUGUAUUUUUAUUAUUUCAUAUCGGUUUUGCGGCCAGAAUUGAAGCAGUCUCUGUGGUGGAAGAAACACAUUACACAAGCGCAAAUUUUACAAUUUUUAAUUUUAUUUAUACAUUUUGUGCGCGCUCUGUUCGAUGCGGAGUGUGAAUACCCCACUGUCGCUUUGCUCUUUGCCAUCAUACAGGCGGUGGUGAUGUUGGUACUCUUCGGGGAUUUCUAUUAUAAAGCUUAUGUGCGACCAUAUAGAGAAAAGCUGUUUGUGAAUGGUGAGAGUUCUGAGCGAGAUGGCGCAAAAAAUGUGGGGAGUUUGUCAAAAGCGAAAAGUAUAUAA